AUGCUCAGUCUUUCAUUCAAAAACGCGCUGAGAUUUCUUGCUAUAUCGGGCGCAUGCUCUGCUAGACUGGACCCAAGAGCUAGUAUUACGACCGAUCAACAUUCUGCUUUAGAGAUUAUUUUUCCAUCACUUUUUGGCUGGGAAGAUCUUGCCAAUGAGAUAGGCCAGACUAUCGAGUGUGACGUAUGCCAAGCAGCAUUGGUUGCAGCAAAUGCUGUAAUUGAUAUCAUUGGUGAUGAUCUUACUCUCGAUAUUGCAACAGAUAUUUGCAAAACUUUUGAAAAGGAGGACGUUUGCACUGGUGCCGUUGGUGCUCUUGGCCCUUAUGUUCUGAAGAUGAUCACCACUUCUUCUGACUCCUUGCUUGGAUAUGGCGGUGAGCUUAUUUGCAACUCUUUUAUGGGUACCUGUACGGAUUUUGAGCCAAAAACCGUUGACUUCACGAGAGACGCAUCCUCUCAAGCUGCUACCAAUUACAUAAACAGCACGAAGUCAAAAGAUUUGCUCACUAUUCUUCACAUCUCGGAUAUCCACUAUGACCCUGCAUACUCUAUUGGAUCAGAAGCUGACUGUGGCUACCCACUAUGCUGUGAAGAGAGAACACAAACAUCAAGUACUGUCAAAGCGCCUGCAACCAAGUAUGGUGCUUACUUGUGUGACUCGCCAAUAGACUUGGUCAAAAGUUUCGGCGAGUAUCUCGAGUCAACUAUUGGUGGAUCCCCGGACUUUACUCUGUUCACUGGUGAUGUGCCUCCACAUAAUGUGUGGUAUGAUAACGAAACCACUGUCACCGAAGCUUUUACAAUUUACUCCGUCCUUGGUGACUAUUUGAAGUCUCCAGUUUACGCCACUUUUGGAAAUCAUGAUACUGCACCAGUCAAUCUCAUAGAGCCUGCUUUACUCGCAGACGGAUCUUUACCAAAUCAGUGGGCACUGGAUAACUUGGGAUCCUAUUUUGGUAAUUGGUUACCUUCUACUACAAUAUCUCAGUUUGAAUCAAACCACGGCAUCUAUUCCGUUAGACCAGCCCCAGGUCUGAAACUGAUUAAUCUUAAUACUGUUGAUUGUUACUAUUACAACUUUUAUGUGCUAUACAAUGGUGGAUCAGAUGUUGACCCCAAUGACCAGUUACAAUGGUUGGUCAACGAAUUGGAAGACAGCAAGUCUAGAAAUGAAAGCGUGUGGAUACAGGCACACAUUGCACCUGGUGAUAGUGACUGUGUAAUCCCCUGGUCAAAUCUGUUCAACGAAAUUGUCAAUGAUUAUUCGGAUAUCAUCAAAGGGCAGUUUUAUGGUCACAGUCACGAGGACAAAUUCAUUCUAAAUUUUGACUACAAAAGUAAUGCAGUUGGUGUCCAGUAUUUGGCCCCAUCAAUCACCACUUUUACUGAUCUGAACACAGGUUAUAGAGUCUACAAGGUUGAUCCUGAAUCUUACGAGAUUGUAGAAUCUUUAACCUAUUACGCUGACAUCUCUGCUACAAGUAAUGAUACACCACCAGAAUGGAAGUUGGAAUACUCUGCCCGUGAUUAUGUUCCUAAUUGGCCAAAAGCUUCUCCAUUGAAUGCUACGUUUUGGAACGAGGUUUUGAAAACCUUUGAAGCAAAUAACACUGCAUUCGAACUUUACUCCUUGUACAUGACGAAAAGCUGCUCCGCUUCUACAGUAUGCACGGAAGAGGGUUGUAAGGCAAAGGACAUUGCUCAAAUCAAGAGUGGCAACACUCUGAACAAGUACUACACUCCGCUUAUUGAUGUCAAUUCUUCCAAAAAUUUGACAACAGUGGCAUCGACAGUCUCUUCAGCAAAAAAUUCUACUAGCAGCUCCCUCAAGAAGAGAUGUAUGCAUAUCUGA